AUGUCAUUCUUCUUGAAGAAGUCGCCAGCACAGCUCCUUCCGGAUAAAAAUUGUCUGGAAGGUCGAUCGUUCAGGAUACCUAAGGCACCGUCGAAGGAUUCCGUGAACUUUGUUACGGGAAAUCCAAUGUAUGGUCCUUGGCCUGUCGCUAUGGAGCAAGCCUUGUUUGGAAUGGGCUGCUUUUGGUGCUCUGAGGCUCUCUUCGUGGACAUGAAAGGGAUCUUCUCCACACAAGUAGGAUACGCCCAGGGUAAGACGCCUAACCCCACUUACGAGGAGGUAUGCAGCGGGCAGACGAAUCAUUCGGAAGUCGUCCGAAUAAUAUACAACCCGAAGACUAUCACGUAUAAGGACCUGCUCAAGGUCUUCUGGAGCGGUCAUGACCCUACUGUCCCUAUGGCACAAGGCAAUGACUGUGGCUCGCAGUAUAGGAGUGGUAUAUAUUAUUAUAAUGAGGAGCAGAAGGGCGAGGCACUGGAGAGCAAAGAGGAGUACCAAGCAGCUCUUUCCAAAGCCGGUAUGAAGGAGAAAACUAUAGUGACCGAGAUAGAGCCGGCGGGAGAGUUCUAUUAUGCUGAGGACUAUCACCAACAGUACGGUUCCACAUCGC